AUAUAAGGGAGUGUUAAAGUUUUUCUCAGCAGGCCUCCUGGAUUAUCGGACCUCAUCGCACAUCCACGCGUCUUUCAAUAACUAGUCAACAUGAAUCCAAUUCACGUAACGUUGAUCUCUGCCCUUCUGGCACUCAGCACCGCAUACAGAGGUGGCGGCGGUGGUGGUGGCGGAAUGAUGCCAAUGAUGCCGGGCGGCGGCGGUAUGCCAAUGGGAGGCGGCAUGAUGCCUAUGGGUGGCAAAAUGGGUGGUGGAAUGAUGAUGCCUAUGGGCGGUGGUAUGCCUAUGGGUGGUGGUAUGCCAAUGGGUGGUGGUAUGCCUAUGGGUAAAAUGGGAGGCGGCAUGGGAGGCAUGCCAAUGCCCAUGCCAAUGCCAAUGCCGAUGCCGAUGCCGAUGCCAAUGCCUAAACCUAUGCCAAUGCCAAUGCCGAGACCAAUGCCAAUGCCAAUGCCAAUGCCGAAAAUGAUGCCUAUGGGUGGUGGUAUGGGAGGUGGUAUGAUGCCUAUGGGUGGCGGUAUGGGAGGCGGUAUGAUGCCUAUGGGUGGCGGUAUGGGAGGCGGUAUGAUGGGAGGUGGCAUGGGUAGGUACUAUAUACAUACAAUACGCGAGUCGUCACAGUGCAAAAAUAACACAUACAGACACUUCGCAUUUUUCUAGAAUAUCGACAUGUUU